CGCUUUCGUGUUAUCCUCUUUUUCCCAAUCCAUUUUUGCUUCUCUCUUCCUUUGACUUGCAUGCUCUCUUCCUUUCCUCCAUUUCUAUCCUCAACGUUCCGCCCUUGUAUUCUCUCUCAACCCUCAUGCCUACCCUCUCGAUUUUACUGCACGUCCUUGACAAGCUCCUUCUUUGAAUUUGAUUUUUGCCUCUCCGUUUUUCUUUUCAGCUGUUAGAAUUCUGAUGGAAACCAAUGGACUCGGUGGCGGAAUUUUCCCUGGCAUGAGCUCUGGAAUGUUAGGAGUGGACAACUCUUCACAGCAACAGCAACAAAACCUCUCGAAUCCUCCAAACCCUCACCAUCUUCACAGUAAUCCUCAAGUGGUUUCCUACGCUCCCCACCACGAUCUCGAUCCCCAUCCACACACCACACAUGCCUACCCUUAUUCCACCAAGAGCAAGCAACAGACGGCCCUCAGCGACGAAGAAGAGCCUGGGUUCGCUGCCGAUGACAGCUCGGGCGACCCCAAGAGCAAGAAUAUAUCACCCUGGCAGAGAAUGAAGUGGACAGACACUAUGGUUAGGCUGUUGAUCAUGGCGGUUUAUUACAUUGGCGACGAAGCUGUUUCCGAAGGGACUGAUCCUUCCGGCAAGAAGAAGCCGGCGGGGUUGUUGCAGAAGAAGGGGAAAUGGAAAUCGGUGUCGAGGGCUAUGAUGGAGAAAGGGUUCUACGUGUCCCCUCAGCAAUGUGAGGACAAGUUCAACGACCUGAACAAGAGGUACAAGAGGGUGAAUGAUAUUCUGGGCAGAGGAACGGCUUGCAGAGUGGUGGAAAACCAGAGCCUGCUAGAAACUAUGGAUUUGUCCCCCAAGAUGAAAGAAGAAGCGCGAAAAUUGCUUAACUCAAAGCAUCUUUUCUUCAGGGAAAUGUGUGCUUACCAUAACAGUUGUGGUCACGGCGUCGCUAAUGGGCCCUCUGCAGCCCAACCGUCGCCAGAGGUCGGUACAGAUCACCAUCCUGCGACGGCGGCGGCACCUCUCAGGCAACAAUGUUCUCACGCGACAGAAAGUGGACUGAGGGGGGGAAGCGUGGAAGACGAGUCCGACUUCGACUCGGACUCAGAGUCGGAUGCAUAUUCGGAGGAGGAAGAAGACGAGUCGGUGGAAGGCCAAAACGGGCAUGAACAAGAGGAGGAGGACGAGAUGAACGAAGGGACCGGAAGAUCAAGCCGGAAGAGGAAGAGGAAGGCGGCGUCGCAGGCGAUGCAGCAACUGAGCGGGGAGGUGACAGGGGUGUUGCAGGAUGGAGGGAGGAGCGCGUGGGAGAAGAAGCAGUGGAUGAAGACGAGGCUGAUACAAUUGGAGGAGCAGCAAGUGAGGCACAAGAUGAGGGCGUUCGAUCUGGAAAAGCAGAGGCUGAAGUGGGCGAGGUUCAGCAGCAAGAAGGAGAGAGAGAUGGAGAGAGCUAAGCUUGAAAACGAGAGGAGGAAGCUGGAAACUGAAAGAAUGCUUUUGAUGUUUCACCAGAGAGAGAUUGAACUCCUGGGUGUUCACCAGCAGCAACAUUCUUCCAACUAGCAUAGCCGAAUUGUAGAUGUGAUAACAUUAGUUAUUAAUAAUCUUAAUCGUAAAUCCUUGUAUAUAUGCAGCUCCCAUAGUUUUGAAGUAUGAGUUCUUGACGAUUAUCCAGUUCGGUAACGGUUGAAAUCUCCUCA